AUGGGCAAGGCCCCCGUCGCCACCUGCCUCGCCAACUCCAGCUGGGCGGCCGACCCCAACUUCUGCAUCGGGAAGUCCUGUGGUGUCCCGGAGAUAGUGAAUGGCAACUUUGAUUACACAAGUGACCUCCUCUUUGGGGCGACAAUAACCUACACCUGUAAGGACGGGUACCGAUUAGUUGGGAAGUCGUCUGUACAAUGUGUACUUAAAGGCAAUGAAGUUUCGUGGGAUCACGUUCCAUACUGUGCCAUUAUUUCCUGUUUGCCACCACCUAUGAUCAAGAACGGGCAGCUCCGCAGUGGGGAUGGAGACUUCACCUUUGGUACGGCUGUGACUUACGCAUGUAACGAAGGAUUUGCUCUUAUUGGAGAUGCCACGAUUUCCUGUACAGCGGAUGAGAAACUCGAGGGAGUAUGGAGCGGUCCAGCCCCUGAAUGCAAAGUGGUCAGGUGUGAAAAUCCAGAAGUGAAGAAUGGGAGAAGGUUAUCUGGCUUUGGCACUGGGCACACGUAUAAGAUGACAGUGACCUUUGAGUGCAAUCCUGGCCAUUCAAUGAACGGUAGUAGUGUGGUUACUUGUGAAGCAGACAGUACCUGGAAGCCGCCUCUGCCCACGUGUGACCCAGUCUACUGCGGCCCUGCCCUGCGCUUCCCGUUCGCUGAGUUACUGAAGGCUGUGGGUGACAGCUCUCUCGCUGGAACAAAGCUGCAGUAUCACUGUAAACCGGGUUAUGCUGCAGCAAGUGGGAAGUCCUCUGUCGUCACUUGCCUGAGCGAUGCAACCUGGUCUGCAGACCCAGACUUCUGCAUUAGACAGGUCCCUGAUGUUCUCUGUGAAGACCCCCCCACCAUUGACCAUGGGAUGCACAAUGGCACGAAGGGCACAGCCUUUGUCCAAGGCUCUGUUGUGAUUUAUAAAUGCAAGGAUGGCUUCACCCUUGCUGGAGCAGCCUCUGUUCGCUGCAAAGCAGAUCAUCAGUACCGUGGAGUCUGGAGCAAGCCGACUCCUGAAUGCAAAGGUGCAGCAAACGUGAUCAUUGUUGAUGUGACGUGUCCUCGGCCACCAAACAUCGCCAAUGGGCUGCACAGCGGACAGUCCUCAGAGAAGUUUCCCCUGGGAGCGACUGUGCAUUAUGGCUGCACAGAUGGCUACGAGGUGGUGGGGAAUGUCUCUGUCAACUGCAUGGAGACCGGACUGUGGAGCAGGCCUCUGCCCCGCUGCCAAGCAAUUGGCUGCGAGAUACCCAGGGUGCAGAAUGGGAAGGUCCAUGGGCUGCAGAGCAGCUACAAAGCUGGAGAGACUCUUCUGUUUGGCUGCGAUGCCGGUUACGCUGCAGAGGACACCCAUGAGGCCCAGUGCUGGCCAGGGGGCACCUGGGAUCCACCACAGCUUGUCUGCGUGAGGGUCCGACCGUGCCCCAUGCCUCCAGGAGUCAGCCAUGGAAACCACAACGGCCAGGGCAAAGUGUUUUUCACCACGGGAAUGUCUGUCACGUACACCUGCGAUCCUGGCUACUACCUGGUUGGAAAUGCCGCUGUGUCUUGCAAAGCUUCUGGGAACUGGAGCCAGCCUGGCCCUCGCUGUGAAG